GGGAGUUUGCAUCGCAUUUUAAUCGCUUACAUCGGGUGUAUUAGGCUUUAGCAAUUUCACUCAUAUUACAGCAAUGCGUUCCUAACACUGUGCGCGUUCAUCAUUUAUGAUUAUUUUAUAUCCACUCGCUCGGAUUAGAGAGAAAACGAGCCUCAAAGCACAAGUGGGACAAAGGGAACCUGCGCCUCUGAGGAUCAUGAGAAAGGGGUGUUCCUCGGUCCCAGGACAAGUAAUGUUAACAGGGGUUGUUAGAGGUGAACAACACGGUGUUUUUAGUGCGGUUUCCGAUCGACGGUGUGCAGCUUAUUCCAGUGCAGCCCGUAUACAAAUAAACACACCGCCGUCCACUAAUAAUGUCUGUGUGCCCGAGGCUUCUGCGGACAGUUUGUACACAACUCCUCUACAAGGAGCGACACCUGGAACAGGACUGCGACCCACACUAGGACGACCACCGGCUAAAAGGAGACUGGAGCUGGACAUCACAGACCACCAAUACAGCGAGCCAGCUAAAACCCUUCGGAGUCGCAAAGGAGCUCUUAAACUGAAGGUCCCCAAAGCUCCCAAAACCCCGCCGGAGAAGACCCGAUACGACACAUCCUUGGGAUUCUUGACUAAAAAGUUCUGUCAACUGCUUGCGCAGUCCUCGGAUGGAGUGCUGGAUCUCAAUAAAGCCGCCAUUGUGCUCAACGUCCAGAAGAGACGUCUGUAUGACAUCACCAACGUGCUGGAGGGGGUGCGCCUCAUCAAGAAGAAGUCAAAGAACAACAUACAAUGGCUGGGCUCCAGUUUGCCGUCAGAGGGUGGGCUUCCAUCUCCAGCCAUGCAGAGUCACAGCCUGGCCAGAGAGAUGCUGGCGCUCAGUCAGGAGGAGAGACGCCUGGAUGAGCUCAUUCAGACCUGCACGCGUAACGUCCAGCAGAUGACUGAGGAGAUACACAGUCAGAAAUAUGCUUAUGUGACCUAUCAGGACAUCCGAAGAAUAAAGAGCCUAAAAGACCAAACCGUCAUAGCGGUUAAAGCUCCAUCUGAAACAAAGUUGGAGGUGCCUGACCCAAAGGAGAGUCUACAGGUCCACCUGAGUAGCUCCAAGGGUCCCAUUGAUGUUUUCCUCUGUACGGACGGUGGUGACUCCGGGAGCCUGCUGCAAAAUGGCCUUGAUGUGAAUGGAAAUCACCCUAAGUUUCUCAAAGUCUCCCAAGAAGCUGCUACAGAUGGAAUGGCUGAUGGUGUGAAGAUGAACGGCAGCUCAAACGGUGGCGUCAACGGUUAUGGGCCCCUGACUGAAAGUGCCCCCAUGUCACCCCUCAGUUCCUCCUUGUCUUCCAUUCUCCAGCAGCCGGAGGAGUCCAUCCCCUUCGUGCCGCUGUCCCCUGCUCUUCUCAGUGAUGAAUACAUGCUGGGAUUGGGUGAUGAGCAGGGCAUAAGCGAUCUGUUUGACUCCUGUGACCUGGACACGCUAGCACUGGAUGACCUGCUCAGGAUAUGAGCGAUCAGGUUAGUUGAUGGUGCUGCUUAGCUCCUGAAUGAAAUCUGGAUUGGCGAGAUUGGUGGGCAUAACUAUGUGGAUGAACUACAGACUGAACUUCAUGAAUUCUAGAGUUGUCCUUGUCGCAUUUGACAUUGACCGUUUACGCAUGGAUCUCACUGCUACGGGAUCCAAGGUUUCUGUUGUCUGAUACUGUACAGAUGGGUUUCUGUAUCCUAAAAAAUGUCCUUUUAAAGUUAUUUUUAGUGUGGUGAAUUGCAUGAGCUGUGUGAUUUGUCUAUGAACUUUGUCAUAUUGGUUUUCAAAAUGGAGUAUUUCUCUGCUCUCAAUGUGGACGUUUCUGUCCAUUUGUGAAUCUCUUGCUUGCUUUCUUGGGGAAAAAGAAACAUCUCCGCAUCAUAGGCUAGCUAAGUAUCACAGAAGAUCAGCGAGUUGUUUCUUUAUUGAAUGAUCCAAAGUGCAUUUGGUGCUCCUUCAUUUAGUCUGCUUUUUGCCAGUGUUCAGCAUCUCAGGGCACAGAUCAAGGAGCGAGUGCUUUGUGUGAUCUAGUGAUCUCUGGGUAAAAUCAAAUCUGUUUUUCUGAGCUACAGUGUCUUAUGCCUUUUGUUACCAAAUGAUUUUGUGCAAAGAAAUGUUGUUGCAUUUCGGUGUGAUUUCUUUGUGUAAACAACAAUGUAAUGAUUCUGCGAGUUCCAGUACUACAGUUUUGGCUCAUUUUUUAAACUUUAGAUUGGAAAGUGAACUUUGGAUAUGACCCUAAUCUAGUCCCCCUUAAUGUUGAAUGUAUUUCAGUAUCUGGAUUGCACUGAAGACUGAAGUCUUACUUAAGCCAUCAUGGACAUCUGUGGCGUAAAUCGCCACAUGAUUAUGAAACAUUUAGUGUCCCAUGGAGAAUUGUAGGUUUUUCAGUAGCUUUA